CCAUGCGGUGUGGAACGAGGAGAAGGCGUUUGGGGCGGGGAUCAAUCGGAAUGCGAGGAUUGGGAGUGUCUCGUGGCAUUAUUAUCAGAGUGUGUCGAGUGGUGGCGUUACGCUGAGGAAGACGCUUAUGGUAUGCAUAUCUGUAUAUUUCCCCAUACCAAUCUUUCAAAUGACGACCGACGGUGGUUCUUGAGCUAACGCUCCUCUUCCGCCUCAGAACCACACAGCAACCGUCACAAAGCUUUCGCGCUUCAUCCCGAAUAUCAGGCACCUAUACAACCGCAACGCAAACCUUGACUUCGUCCUCGGCGAGGUCGGCAGCGUCAUCGGGCCGGAGCUGAAAUGGGACGUCUAAGCCACAUUCGGCAACGCCCUCUGGACUAUCAACAUAAUGCUGCACUGCAUGUCGCUCAACGUAACAAGGAUGCACAUGCAGUCAGGCACAGGCUUCGGGUAUGCGCCGUGGAACAUGACAGACGUUCGGCCGCCGUAUUAUGCUAUUGCGAUGGUCGCGGAUUUCAUCGGAAACAAGACGGGCGCGGAGUUGAGGAUCAGGAACAUCGACUUGGGAAGCGAGACGUUGGCGGCGUACUCUGCGUACGAAGGCUCUGCCCUUCGGCGUUGAUCAAUCUAGCUAUGUGGAAUGCAUCCAUGGGAACGGAGGCGGAGCGGCCGGUGACGAAGUUCCAAAUCAAGGUUCCGGAGGGGUAAGCGGGGUCGAGGUUAGGAGGAUGAUGGCAGCUGGCGCGACGGAGACGGGCGGCGUGAGCUGGGGCGGUAUUAGGUGGAUCAAGAGCGGUAACGGCGUUGCGGAGAGAAAUGUUGCGAACGGGACGGAGGUGCUGAGCGCGGAUCCCGCGACGGGGAGGGUGACGGUGGGCGUCAAAAACAGCGAGGCCGUUUUGCUAGGGAUGUUAAGCGAUUGAUCUUCUAUAGGUUAGGAACUUGGAAUAAGAAAAGAAUUGCC